UUUCCCGGCAUCCCCAGCGCUCUCCCGUGUCGGAGGCCACAGCUCUGGCUAAUGAUCCCUAGCAGUGUCUAGUCACGUGUGGCUUCCGCUGAUCUGUUUUCCUGGGCACAGUGAGGUCUCCCCCUUCCUGCAGUUCCCCCUCACUCGGGUUGUUUUGUCCCCUGCGCCUUCGUUUCUUUUUUUUUUUUUUUAGUUUUCUUUUUUUUGUUUUGUUUAUUAGUUUCUACUUCGCCCUCACCACGGAUCUGCCCCUCCACCCCGUCUGAUCUGCCCGGGUCACGGCUUCCUCCUUGCGGGUAUAUGAAAGCAUGAGCGAUAACGAUGACAUCGAGGUUGAAAGCGACGAUGAAUCUUCGAGAUUUUACUGCUCGGCAGACAAAAGAGCACACCACAAUGCACUGGAGCGCAAGCGCAGGGACCACAUCAAGGACAGCUUUCACAGCCUAAGAGACUCCGUACCUUCACUCCAAGGCGAAAAGGUAACAGCUUAUGGACAGGCUUCACGGGCUCAAAUACUGGACAAAGCAACAGAAUAUAUACAGUAUAUGAGAAGGAAAAAUCACACACACCAGCAAGACAUCGAUGACCUAAAGAGACAAAACUCUCUGUUAGAACAACAAGUCCGUGCACUGGAGAAAGCGAAAUCCAAUUCUCGCCUUCAGUCAAACUACUCCUCAUCUGACAGCAGCCUUUACACCAAUCCCAAUGGCAGCACCAUAUCCGCCUUUGACGGAGGAUCCGACUCAAGCUCCGAGUCCGAACCCGAGGAACCCCAAAGCAGAAAGAAGCUACGGAUGGAAGCGAGUUAAGCAAACACAAGCAAUAAAACCAGCAGCCUGUACCAAGCUUAUCCUCGUCAGGCCCUCCUUCGCCCGUAAAUAGGCCCUGGUCAACUCCUUUAAGGACUUCUGCCUAAUGUUUUUGUUUGUCCAACGCCGCCUUUCCUUUCCCCCCUUAUCAGUGAGUUAUCGGACAGCAUUUUUCUUUUCCCCUCUAUAUCCCCUCCCCUAUAUGUUAUUUAAACCUCCUUGACACGUCCAUGCUCGCCAUUAUACAGAUCUGCACUUGGCGCGUCGUCACUGACGCGUUAUUACCCGCAAUACUUGUCUGCAGUUUGACCUUCGUACGACAGGUAUCACAAGGUGAAGAAAGCAGGUUGGGGAAACCUGAAAAAACACCCAAAUACGUGUAUUUUAUAUAUAUAUAUUAUUUUUUAUUUUUUACACAGAGUCAUUUACGCUUCCAUUAGGAUCAGUUUUGCAGAAAAGCGGAGGUGUUGCCGUGCCACGUAAGAAAUUCCAAGUACUUGGUGCUGCUGCCGGCGACCUCCUGGCUGAUUAUUAGCAUUAAUUUUCAAAUUUCUGAAUCCAUUUGAAAAACGCUUUUUUUUUUUUUUUGCAUUUUUAUUUUAUUGUAUUUGCAUUUCUUUUCACGUACAUCAAAUGUCUUCAAAUAUGGCACCGUAAUGAAAUUGGGAAUGUAUUGGUGGUGUCCACUCGUAGUCUGCACAAGGGGUUUGGGAUUCUUAGUAUUGAUUUAUACCCUCCGGCCCCCGAUCUGUAAUGAAUCCUGUUCUGCCAAGACCGAUAUUGCUGCAUCCAUGGGAUCCUAUCGAGCAGCGAAUGGUGCACUUCCCAACGCCGAGCGUCGUCCAUUGUGACGCUCGGGAAGCCCCGGCUUCAGAUGUGUCCUCAGACUUUAACUGUAUUAUACUACUACUUGCAUCAAGAAACCUGAGAUUUGACCAACUUUCAAAUUGAAAACCAUUUGUGUGUGUUUCUGUAUGUAUUUGCCAAAUUAAAUUUUGUUGUAUGUGACAGGAAGUAGUCUUGUGUAGUGUUCAAUGCAGAGUAUCCGAAUGCCGACCGGAGUGUCCUCAGUGGGAGUCUAUAGUCACGUGCAGCCCACCCCCUACUUGUAAAUCAUAGCUCCACUCAAUAGAGAGGGGGUUGUUAAAGGGCAGUCCCCCAAUAUAGUCUGAUCGCCUUCGACAGUCAGAUCCAGAGCAGGAUGAUCGGCUGAUCAGUGAUCGGCUACUUCUGUAGUGUGAAGGGGGCAGCCGCUGACUUUGUGCAGUUUGGAUAUCGAUAUAAUCCCCCCCCCCCUUCACCCCCGUUCCUAAACUAAGCUUUUUCUGGUAUUAGACCAUAUUGGGGGAUUGCUGUUUGAGCAGUUGCCCGUAUGUCUUGUAAAAGUCUAUUCCAAACUACAGCUUUAUGUUGAUGUUAUUUUUCCAGUUUGUAUUUUUUCUUUAUUAUGUCUUUUUGGAGUGUUUUACAUCGUGAUGUAUUUUGUCUGUGAAAUCCGCCAUUUGCUAGAGGAGGUUCCCGUCUUAAAGGGGUUGGCCCAUCUGCACCUAUAGGCUGUCAGUGUCAGAUAGGUGCAAAUCCCACCUCUGGGAUCUGCUCCUUUCUAGAAAGCGGGACCCCCUGAAGUGACGGAGAGCCGCGUGCUCUUCAUUCAUCACUAUGGGAGUUCUGAAAAUAGCCACUAGAGCGCGCUCCUCUAUUUUCAGAAGUCCCAUAGACGUGAAUGGAUAGUGCACAGUGCAAGCUAAUAAAUUAAAUAUUAUUUCAUGCUCAUCAUGAAGACUGAAUAACACUCCACGCUGCAUAGGAAAUCUAAAUUCUUUCAUUGCCCAGUUUGGCUCUUCACCGUGACCUGCCUAGCCGUAUCCUGCCGAUCAUCACCGGAUGCCAUUGACUAUAAUGGGAUCUGGCUGCUUUCUGGCACCAAUGUAUGGCUGAAACCUGGGACUCAUGCCAGAAAGCAGAUAGAUCCCAUUAAAGCCAAUGGGGUCUGGCGUUGAAUGGCAGUAUUUGGCUAGGCCUGAUCCGGUGAACUCCUGCAUCGGUUAAAAAGCGGUGUGAACCUACCCUUAUUCAGCUGUAUUAGGGGUUCUCCUACAGCUCUCCCAUACUACUGAAUGCUAAAGAUGCUUAGUUACUCUGUGUCGUCCCCUUGUUUCCAUUACACAACAUGACAAGCCAGAGUGACAACCCCUAUGGGAGUUGUAGUAGCGGACAUUCUGGCCGUCCCAGUAGAGGACUAUUACUUGCUGGUAGGGGGGGGGGGCUCUCUGCCCUGGACAUCUCCGUACGGCAUAGGAAUAUAAAUUCUGGAAAAUAAAUGAAAUGUGGUUGUUCUAUAUAUCGGUAUAUCUAAUAUCUUGUAGUAUGAGGUGCGCCGUCAUGUGACACACAAGCAAUGAACUUCUACUGGCUUACAAAUCCUCCAUUGGGGUCCGCUAUUAUAUAGCAUCGGAUGAAAUCGGUGGCAGCUAUUUUCCAUUGUAAGUCUGAGAGGACAUCCCGGUAUGUGUGUCCUACCGGCGUGCAUGCUUGAGAUAUAUUACUUCUCCUUCCACAUAAGGCAGCAUUAGGCCAUAUUUGUGUCUAGUUGUCAAACACUCGGUCACUGCAGGGUUUUUUUUUUUUUUUUGGUCUGAGCGACUAGAACCACAACUGCCUAAGAGGCGGCCGAGCUUGUCGCUUACAUCGUUAUUGGUUUGAUGUCGAUGAAUAGAUAAAUUCUCAUUUAUUAUUUCUUUGCACACAUGAAAUUCUGUGCCCAGUACAAUGAUGAUACUUUUUAUCUUUUGUCCCCCCCCCCCAUCUUCGAAAUACUAGGUAUAUUGUACAUAAGCCCAAUUGGCCAUCUCCAAUUAAUGUUCACCUUUACAAUAAAACUAUAAAUAAAAUCUUAUUUUAUCCUUA